GUAGUAAUAAGGGCUACUUCUCAAUUCUCAUACUAGAAAGCUACUACAAUCUACAGAACUGGUAUUUUGGGUAGAGAGAGAAAGAGAGGAGAGAGAAAGGGAAGGGAAUCCCAACGACUGAUGAAUGAGGAGAUGAGUGAAAGAGACACCUUUCUUUUUUAUUUGUAAUUAAUCUCCUCUUUUCUCUCUCCUCAAAUUAACACACCAUAACCCCAAACCAAAUGCCGAUUUUGGUGCUGCUCCUUUUCUCUCAUCAACUAUAAUUCUCCUUCUUCUUCCUCUUCUGUCCUCUCUGAUCGAAUUACUAUCAGAUUCGAAUGUUUGUAAGAGGAGAAGGAAUAGGGAAUUAGGAAGUAGGGAGGAGAAUAAUUUCAUGUAAAUUAAUACGGAAUACUCCGUAUUAUUGUACUAUUAACAAUAAUUACUCCAUAUAAAAAUAUUAAUUGCGACGUAUUUGGAAGCAUUGAACAACAAUGUUUGGUUGCUUGUGAGUGGAGGAGACCUCCACACUUUCUUCGUUCUUCUUCCCUUUCGUACAUCUUUCAGAUCCUGGAAUGGGGAAGUGUGGAAUUAAGUGCAAGAGUACCCUAUUUCUCUAAUGUCCUCAAGGGGAAAAUGCUCGACCGAGGUGAUCUUGAUCUAAAUUCUGUUCAAAGCUCAAGAGAUUUAUUUAAGGAGACAAUGCUAGACCAAGAGCUUGUUUUUAGGAGACAGGUCUUUGAACUUCAUGAACUCUACAGAAAACAAACAGCUAUAAUGGAGAACUUAAAACAGAAGGGUUUAGAUAACUACAAUUUGCGUAAAGGAGGCUUGACUCCAGUGCCCGUAAACCAGAACAAUCAAUUAAAAUGUUCAAUGGCGGAAUACAUGCAAUUUGAAAAAUUCAGUUUGGAUUGCAAGUUACAGAAACAGCCUCCUGUGUCUAUGUCUAUGCAGAAACCACUUGAUCUUCAACUUUCAGCUGAUGAAUUCAUUAGCCAAUGUGAUAAUUCUUCUAGACAAGAGGAAAUUUCUAAGAAUUAUUCUCAGAAUAAAGAAGUUUUUGAUUCGGAUCAUUUGAACCUAUCUUUGAGCAUUGGACAAGAUGCUAGUAAAAAAGGCAGAGAACAAUAUUGGAAGGGAAAGAAAACCUGUUCAUCAUCAAUUGACAUCAUUGAUCUCGAAGAUGAAAAUUUAAGCUUUUCAAACUGUGAAGCAUAUCUUGGGCUCACUUCUGGUUCUGCUGCUCUGGAAUUUGGUUCCAGAGACAAGCACAAGUUAGAUAAAUUUUUGAAAAUUGGCCCGCACAAGCUAGAAAGAUUUUCACAAAGUGCCAUCAGGGGUGGCUCUUAUAGAACCACACUGCAUAGAUCUCCUUUAGAUGCUGGUCCAAGCUGUCAGACACAAUCACUAUGUGAUUCAGGAUCAAACGGACACCACAAAAAGUUCUUGCCUGCUAAUCUUUUGGACAAGAAUCAAAGGUUACCUACUUGUAAAAUAAUAAAUAGGGGUUUGGACCUUAAUACAGUUCAACUUGAAGAUCAAUCAUAUUUCUCAAAUAAUCAUUCGGGGGUGGUCAAUUCGUCAAUAACUAGCCCAUCACCCGUGUUAGAGAAGAUUUAUCCCACGUCAAAUGUAGCUUCUUCUGUCAGCCCAAAUUCUUGGAGAGGAGCUAAUAAUGUGAGCUCAUUCAUGGUAACACAUGGAAUUCAUUUACAAAAGGAUGUGAAUUUUGAGGACAACAGCGGAGAAAAGUGCAGUAAGGAUGAUAAGUUUAGAGAAGGUAAUGAAACCAACAUCAGCGUAGUAGAUCUUGAUUCUGAUUCCAUUGAGGAGCUUUGUAGUAGUGGAUCAGACCCAAAAUUAUCUAGUGUGGGGUCAUCUUCGAAGAUUUCAGACGGUCUAUCACGUGAGAUCGAUAUGGUUGACGCAGUUGGAGCAGAAUUAAACUUAGAAAAGGGGAUAGAAGAACCCUUUGAACAGCUUAACUGUUGCAAGUUGUCUAGCUCUUCUGAGUCAGAAGGUGUGAUUGAUCAUUCAAGCAGCAUAAAGACCAUGCAAUCUGGAGUACAAUAUGAUGAUGUUAACUUCACUACAUCUGAUGAAGAAGAAAAGAAUAAGAAUGAUCUUUUAGUGACACAGUCAGGAGAGCAGGACCUACGAUCUUCUGACAGCUCUGAAUCUAAUAUCCAGUUUAUCAUUAGGGAAGAACCAGAAGUAGAUGGAACAAUUCAAAUAGCGGCUGAACUACUUGUACAGAUAUCUUCAGAAACAGGAGGAGCCUUCUCUCCAGGCAAAUCGACAAAAAUACCCUUGAAGGUGUUCGAAAAUGAAGAAGAUGAGAGGCCUCAGUGUUCUUCAGAAUCUUAUGAGGCGAUGGUUCUGAAAACAGAGGAGUGCAGCCCUGAUGAUUAUUGUGUUUCCUCAAAUGCAUAUAUGGUGGAUGUUUCAGAGGAGAAGGAUAUCAGGUAUAAGCUAAAGAGAGGAACCCGAAUGAAAGAUUUUCAGAAAGACAUAUUCCCUGGUAUAUCUACUCUAUCAAGGCAAGAAAUCCGAGAGGAUAUUAACAUUCUUGAAGGUGUUAUAAGAUCAAGGGAGUACAAAAAGAUGAGAGCAAAGAUGGGUGAUGUUGGAACUGAUUGGUGUAGGUCAACAAGGAGCAAGCGGUCAAGGGUCACUAGAAGAUUUUAACCUUGAAGCUAUGGAUAGUUCAGCAAGGUCUUUAUGGAUACUUAAAAGGUUAAGUAUUACCCAUUUUUAAUACGGAUGCACAAGUACCUAGAUACACAGAUUAGGGAAAACGCUAUAUCUCCAAAUCUGAUGUUUUAUGAUCAGUAAGAUUUUGUCAGAGUUUAGUGUGGCGAUUGGCGAACAGGCAACAACCCUUGAGCUGCUGAUUAGGAGCAUCAUUUGACUAACUGGGCAGAGAAUGAGAUAACGCUAAGACGUGAUAAGCUGUUAAUCCCAUAUUCCCAUCUGGCUAUCUUUCUAAUUUACUCCAUAAAACCCUUGUUGAUUCCAGGUUUAUCAAUAAUAUAUUGUUAAAUGCAUUA